AUGCUUUGGUUUACAGCAAUAGCACUCUUUGUAGCGCGGGUGGUUGCCCAACCCACCGACAACCACGCCUUUCAGGCUCCGGGUCCCGGCGAUGUUCGCUCUCCAUGCCCAGGACUCAAUGCUCUCGCUAACCACGGCUUUCUUCCCCGCAACGGAAAAGGUGUAACGCUGCAGAACUUCAUUACCGGUCUCAAGGAGGGCAUCAAUGUUGGUAUCGACUUUGCCCUACCUGUUGGCCAAAUGGCUCUUCAAUCUGCACCGCUGCCGCUGGCCUUGUCGGUUGAUCUGGACAGACUAGCCGAACACAACUACCUUCUUGAACAUGAUGCCAGUCUGUCUCGUCAGGACUUCUAUCUUGGCGAUGAUCUCCAUUUUAACCAGUCCAUUUUUGACCAGGUCCUGGCCUAUUACAAGGGUACGGAUACCACCAACAUCCAGGCUGCUUCAGAUGCCCGAUGGGCUCGGGUCAAGGACUCUCUUACCACCAAUCCCAAAGUCGUGUAUGGUGUUAGACAACUUGUGCUUAGUUACGGAGAGACGGCGCUGUACAUGGCCGUCAUGGGCGAUCCCCUGACAGGCAAGGCCCCGAUUUCAUUUGUCAAGUCACUGAUUGAAAAAGAACGGCUUCCCUAUGAACAGGGUUGGACCAAGCCCGCCGUCGAAGUUAACCUGGUCACGCUCGGUGCAUUGAUUGCCCAGCUGCAGCUAGCGAACCCUGAUGCAGUACCGGAGGGUCUAACACUUGGUGCAGGGACACUAAAGGACGUAUACAACUUGAUUGAUCCGCUGACGGGCCAGGCUCUCAAUCUGACCUGUGCUGUGCUAGGACUCUGCUGA